AUGGUAAACCGCAUAGAGAGUCCGGCAUUUGAAGCAAAGACCAGCUUCUGGGUUCCUCAGUUUAUUCUGCAUCGAACCCAGCCAUGGGCUAACCUCAUCCCAAUGACGAUGGAUGGUUACCCGAGUGGUAUGAAGGGCGGAUCCCCAGAGCACAGGUUGUACUGCGCCUGCUUUGCCUUGUUUUUGAGUUUUUUCGCCAGCAGGCCACUUGAUGGCAUGCAAAAGGAGACAUUCAUCUACAUCAAACAAAUGGAAGAAUAUGGUCAAAAAUUCACAAUCACAAUUCUUCAACCUCUGCUACAAGCUAUCAUGAACUUGCGGGACACUUCCUCUGGCUCCAAAACCGAAUAA